AUGACAUCGACACCAGAUGCAAGUCUAAUUGUCUCGUUGAACAAUGCUUCAAUGCAACUCAAUCGGUACUUGGGAAUUUUCAUCUUUCUCUUUGGCAUUGUGGGUAAUACCAUCAACACAUGCGUUUUGUCACAACGACCUCUUCGUUCAAAUCCUUGUGCAUGGCUCUUUCUUGCUUCAUCGAUUGCAAAUGGUAUUGGCAUUGUUGCUGGUCUCAGUUCUCGACCAUUAUCAACUUGGUCUGCUGAUCUAACAAAUACAAAUUCAUUUCUUUGCAAACUUCGUGCCUUUCUCUUAUUCACUGCAAUUACUAUUGGCUCUUGGCUUAUCAUGUUUGCAACAGUUGAUCGAUGGCUUUCAUCGAGUAUCAAUGCUAGUCGACGACAAAGAAGUACAUUAAAGAAUGCUCAACUCGCUACAAUUCUGAUUGUUAUUGUUUCAACUAUUAUUGAAACACAACAACUAUAUUGUUUCGAAGCCAAUCUCACUAAUACUCCACUCAAAUGUUAUACGAGAUCACUUACCAUUACUAUUAAUGAUUAUUUUUGGCUUAAUGACUAUUUCUAA